AAAACAACUGAAAUCAUGGUUCCCCCAAUCAACUCAUCUGACUAUGAUGACUACAAUGAUUCAGUGGUGAUACCAUCUCAGUCCCCAGUCAUCUAUGAGAUGUAUCAGAUGAGGACUGGCUUGAGAUUAAUGUAUGUGUCGGUCUACGCAGCCAACCUUCUACUGGGUCUACUGCUCAACGCUGCCGUCAUCUUCAUGAUUGUCUGGAACUACAGGUCCAAGAAGAAACUGAGUCGACGGAUGUUGAUCAUUGGCUUGGCUGCCACCCACCUCAUCUUCUGCCUCUUCACUCCACUUUACUUGAUCACAGCCUGGAACUACUUCUCCUGGACAUUUGGGAAGGUUGUCUGCAAGUUGGGGUCCUUCGUGAUGUUUAUGAACAUGUUCUCUGCCUCACUGAUGAUCACUUUCUGGAAUGUGCGCUGGUGUGUCCCCAGAUGUUUUGAACAUCACAUGUCCAGCAGCAUGGUUCUGCUGUCCUGGUUCACUGGGGCCAUACUAAGCGCCCCCUCUUUACUGUCCAGGGAGGUUCAGUAUACUGCCGAUGGACACCUCUGCCUUGACAACUAUGAUUAUACUGAACAACGCCAGAUCUCUAAAGAGGGUAAGGAGAGAAUGAUGGCUGUGGUGAGCUGUCGCUUAAUUUUCGGGCUGCUGCUCCCUUUGGGUGUGACGUGUGUCAGCCGUUGCUGCAUUAACAGCAGGGGAAAUAACCAAGUGAAGUCAUUGGUUAUUCGACCUGUGACUAUUGCCCAUUUCCUAUGCUGGGCUCCUGUCCUCUGUCUAUCUAUGCCGCAAAUCGCAAUGGGGAUAGACAACAAAUGGUUCAAAUACGUAUUGCCCACAGCCACUGCCCUGUCAGUCUUAAACAGCUGCAUCUAUCCUAUCAUCUGCAUCUGGCAAGGAAAUAAAGAACUUAAGCAGAACUUUCGCUCACAGCCUGAAGAAACCCCUCAGACAGAGGACGAAGGAGAGGAGGGCCAUGAGAUGACUUGCCUGGAUAGGGAGGACAAUGUCCUUGAACAGUAAUGGGAAUACAACAUACUUUUCCAGCUUGAAAUGUACUUGUAAAUGUCAUAUACAAUAUUUUGGUCUAUAAUUUUUAUGAAUUGUAUACUCACAGUAUGCACAGUAUAAUUACACAUUGUUCUAAAUCCCUCUUGAUCAAGGUAACAAAUGUCUUCUUUUUUUAACCUGUAUUUCUUUUCUUUUCAAAUGCUUAUUAAGUAAAGAUUUGAUGAAAUAUA